AUUUUGACACUUGGUCAGAUAGGGCUGAGGUCUGAAACCAGCUCGUCCCGCCGCCGAGCAAGCCAGCGCCACCGAGCGAGGUUCUCCCGCCACGCGCUCUCCUCCCCACCGGUGGAGUCAUUCGAGCCGGAAAACAUCGGCUGCCGGGCUCCCACUUCACAACCCCGCCCAAAGACCUAGGUCUCAGUACCCACCAGCCACGCCUCCCCGGAGCAGAUCCGCUCCGGCCAUCGCCUUGCCCCGCCGGCCUCGCCAACCUUCCGCCGGAGCCGCCUCAUACGCCCACGGGCACCCGGCACCGAGGCCGCGCCCGCCGGUUUGUGGCCCAAAGCAGUUCAUUUCCCAAAAGAAUUGGGGGUUUCAACUAGAUUGGACUGAACCCCCAUGCCCCCUGCAUCCAUGGUUCUUCCUCAUCAACCCGCGGGGUACCUGGAGACCCCCGCCACCGAAAGCUUCAUACACAAGCUUCAGCUCAGCGUCUCCAAGGGCCUUCCUCACGCGGCGCCGGCGCCGGCCUCGAGGACGGACGAGCAUGAGCUGGUCAAAAGUGUUUUCCAAGUGCUCCAGGGUUUCGACACGCCCUUGCUCUACUGGGACAAGAAUGUGCCGGCAUACUGCGAGAAGCCGGGGACUUAUGUGUCGCAUCUGUCACGGGCGAGCCUCGGCUCCGUGCUCAAGCCCUUUCUGUUCGCCGCCACAUGCUUGAAGCGAGUGGAGCUCUUUGUUGGGAAGGUUAGGUCUUGCGGUCACGGGACUCCGACAUUGAGUGCGUUUGCUAGUGCAGUCGAUUCAUGGCUUAUGAGGCUCCGGGAAGCAGCUCUGAAGGAGGAAGAGAAGUCGUUUAUUUCUGUUGAUCGGACUGUGACUCUUCUGGCUUUAACUGAUUCUAUGUCAAGUUUAUGUUUGGGAGCAGAACAUCUGUAUCAAGUUGUGCAUGGAGCUGUGCCAGAUGGCUUUUGGGAUUCUGGAGCAAACAUGGCAUCUAGUGAAGUGGCAGUCCAUGUUGUGAACCAUCUUUAUAAAAAGUUAAAUGAAGUCUGUCUUGUGGAAGAUGGCGAGGGUGAGCCAUAUCAUAUGCUGCUAGUGAUAUUUGCUGGAAGCUUGUUACCUUAUCUUCAGUGCCUUGAUUCCUGGCUUUAUGAUGGUAUUCUUGAUGACCCUUAUGAAGAGAUGUUCUUUUAUGCAAAUAAUGCAGUUACGAUAGAUCAACCAGCCUUCUGGGAAAUGAGCUAUAUGCUCAGAGUAAGAGGAUCACGAUCUGACAAUUCAUCAACUCUAACUGAUAGUGAGUCUAUCAGGACAAAGGAAUCAAGCAAACAGGAACCAAGUAACACAGGAGCUUGCUUGAAAGCCACUAUUCAAGGUUACGUGGAUAUUCUGUGCCCGGUGUUCUUGAAGGAUAUCGCAAGGGCCAUUGUAUCUGCUGGAAAAUCAUUUCAGCUUGUUCAGCAUGCCCAAAGCACACACCAUACUCGAACUAGUGUCACAAAUGGUUUUGACAUUGAUCAGCGUUCCAAUCACAUUACUCGACAGAAUUGGCCAGACAUAUUAAGCUCUGAAAUCCAAAAUGGGCAUCUAAGAUGUGAAGGUGCUCUUACGAAUUCUACAGGUCAGUUUGGACAUGAUGCUCGCGAAAUGGGGGUGUUAACUUUGUCUGAGAUUUUCUUGAUAUGCUUAUCUGGUCUGUUGGAAAAUGGUGACCAUGUUUAUGAAUACUUAAGAAAGCUGCGUGCUGGUAGUGCUCCAGAUAUCCAAGCUUUUUUGGAAUGUAAGAGUGAGGAGGCAUGUGCAGAAAAUAGCUCCGAAAAGACUUGGUUAAAGCUCCUAAGAGAUGCCAUCUCAGGAAGAAAAUAUGAUGAUAUGGAGAAAACCUUGUCCAAAGAUGCUGUUACGAGGGAUCCAAUAUUUGCUCAUGGAUACCUGCAAGAUGUAUCUUCCAAUGCAGUAGAAAUGCCUUUCAGUCCAUGUUGCUAUGAAAAUCCAGCCAUCACUGCUUGCGGAGAUGUACUGCUGAGGAAACCAAAUUCUUGGAGUGAUUUGAAUAUCUCUACAAGUUUUGACCUUCCUCCGUUGAAUGAUGAUAACAUGCGGAGAGCUAUAUUUGGCGAUCUCCAAUCUGCUGGAACUAGCACCUGUGGCGAUACACAACCUACAUCAUCUUUUCCCAGACUUGAUGGAACUGAUUUUAAAUUUGGAUUUCGGUUUGAUGAUUUGGAAUAUGUUCGCCAAGAGGAUGAUAGAAGGACCCUCGAGGAACUUUAUGCAUUUCCUACUCUUCUUCCUUGUGCAAAUGAAAAUGCCCCAUUGUCGGAGAUUUUACCUUUGCAGAAAGAUAGUACACUUGCAUCAAGAGUUCUGAAGUUUAUUCAGAGCAUGAGUUUGGAAGACCCUCUGCAUCCAGUGGGUAUUAUCCAAGAAUGCCUUUCUAAAUGUAUAAAGAAACAGGUGGAUCACAUUGGCAAACAAAUCCUGUGCAAGCUAAUGGGUGAAUGGAGAUUAAUGGAUGAACUGCUUGUAUUACGAGCUAUCUAUUUGCUAGGAUCAGGUGACAUGCUGCAGCAGUUUCUGAUAACAAUUUUUGAUAAGCUCGAUAAAGGAAAUUCCUGGGAUGAUGAUUUUGAGUUGAAUACUUUGUUGCAGGAAUCCAUAAGAUAUUCAGCUGAUAAAAUGCUCCUAACUGCUCCAGAUUCGUUGGUUGUUUCAUUAGCAAAGCAUGACACACGAUAUGACGAGGAAAGUGCACCAACUUCCAGAAAAGGUCGUGCACAGGGUUUCGGCAUCGAUGCACUUGAUGCCCUUAACUUCACGUAUAAGGUGUCUUGGCCCCUUGAUCUAAUUGCCAAUACAGAGGCUCUGAAGAAGUAUAAUAAGGUCAUGGGAUUCUUACUGAAAGUCAAGCGUGCAAAGUUUGUUUUGGACGAAACCCGAAAGUGGAUGUGGAAGGGCAGAUGCAGCACGGCACAUAAUUUUAAACAACACUUAAUAGUAGGGCAGAAGCUCCUGCAUUUCGUCGAUGCAUUUCAUCAAUAUGUCAUGGAUCGAGUGUAUCAUAGUGCCUGGACUGAGCUUUGUGAUGGCAUGGCAUCCGCUACUACAUUGGACGAAGUCAUGGAAGUUCAUGAGGCAUAUCUUUCUUCUAUUCAGAGACAAUGCUUUGUGGCCUCGGACAAGUUGUGGGCUCUGAUCGCCAGUCGAGUCAAGACUAUACUAGGAUUGGCGCUAGACUUCCACAAUGUGGAGCAAACUCUCGGCACCGGAGGGACUGCCGCAUCUGUUAGGGCAAGAUGCGAGAUGGAGUUGGAUCGUAUCGAGAAGCAAUUCGACGAGUGCGUCGUGUUCCUCUUGAGGAUCCUAUCUUUCAAGCUCAACGUGGGCCACUUUCCCCAUCUCGCGGAUUUGGUCACGAGGAUCAACUACAACCACUAUUACAUGUCUGACACCGGAAGCUUCACUGCGAUCCCUGGGUCCCGCACUCGGCAGCAGCCUUGAUAGGGUUGUAGGUGCUUUUCACCUCCAUUUUUGGGGGAGUGUAUAUAAACCUGAGGUGGCCAGGCCCAGGUGGCACGAAGCAGUUCCUGAAUUCCUUGAGUUUUACUGUACAUAAUUCUGAGGAUGCAACUUCUUUUGACGGCAUUCUGAGGCUGCAACUUCCUUUUCCCAGGUUGCAAUGUACUCCGAUAUGUUGAAGAGAUUGGGUUCCUCUUGUGUCAGGACAAAGUUGCGAUAUGUGUGCUAAUUUUUUUUAGAA